AUGGCAGACAAUGAGGACGUGUAGAAUAUAUAUGAUGAAAUUGAGAUAGACGAUAUGGACUUUGAGGAGGAUUAGGGUAAAUUCUUCUAUCCCUGUCCUUGUGGAGACAAAUUCUAAAUAACUAUUAAAGAAAUCAUUGGCGGACUUGACAUCGCAACAUGCCCUAGUUGUUCCUUAUAAAUUAAGAUCAUCUAUGAUGAUGAUUACUUGAAGGAUUUUAUCAAAGAAAGAGGUUUAGAACAAAUGGUAGAGGCUUAUUGA